AUGGGUAGCAAAGCCGAUCUUGAAAAGAAGAGAACCGAACACACGGAAGACCCCUUCUCAUUCAACAGUAUCAAACAACAAAUCCCUGAGAAUAUCCCUGAGGCAAACGUGGAAGACCACCAAACGGUAUUCCUCCUGAUAUUGGAAGAGUCAAAGUACCCAAUUGCCAAUCAUGUGUCCACUCAAAGACUUCCUGAACCAUGA